AUGGCUCCAUAUCGAGAUAGCAUCCUCGCUGCCGCAACGCUCUUUGCUGGAGCCGCUGCAAUCAGCAACGGGUUGGCAAUCACACCACCAAUGGGUUGGAACAACUGGAACGCCUUUGGCUGUGACGUCUCUGAAGGUUUACUCUACACUAUUUCAGAACAGAUCUUGAGUCUGGGCCUUCGAGAUCUAGGAUAUGAUCAUGUUGUACUGGAUGACUGCUGGCAAGACGUGAAAGGUCGGGAUGAAAACGGCAAACUUCAACCAGAGCUCAGCAAAUUCCCCAACGGCUUGAAGUCGAUAUCAGACCACCUUCAUGACCAGGGACUUAAGUACGGCAUGUACAGCAGUGCUGGCGAGAUGACGUGUGCACGUUUCGCUGGGUCUCUCGAUCACGAAGUUGACGACGCAAACAGCUUCGCUGAAUGGGGCAUUGAUAUGCUCAAGUAUGACAGCUGCUAUCACAUGGGCAGAAUAGGAACACCUCAGAUUUCUUUCAAUCGGUUCAAGGUCAUGUCAGAUGCUCUUCGGGCUACCGGACGGAACAUUCUACUUAACUUGUGCAACUGGGGCGAGGACCAGGUGCAUACGUGGGGAAUGUCGAUCGCAAAUUCCUGGCGCAUCACCGGCGAUAUUUACGACAGCUUCACGCGGCCAGAUGACCUGUGUGGGUGCAACACCAUGGCACCAGGCGAUCCAUCUUGUAUCGCCCCCGGAACUCACUGCUCCGUUCUCUUCAUUCUGAACAAGGUGGCUCCUUUUGCCGACCGCUCCAUCCCAGGUGGAUGGAGCGACCUGGACAUGCUUGAAGUUGGCCAAGGAGGCAUGACAGACGAAGAGUACAAAGCACACUUUGCUCUUUGGGCCGCGUUGAAGUCGCCGUUGUUCCUGGGUAACGACCUACGCGACAUGCCCGCCUCAGCCCUGACCAUCAUCAACAACCCUGCCAUCAUCGCCCUCAGCCAAGAUCCGCAUGGUCGGUCAGUAACGCGUGUACGAAGAGACACCAAUGUCGCGAAAGACCAGUACGGCGAAGGCGAGACACACGUCUGGGCCGGUUACCUGCAGAACGGCGACGAAGUCGUCAUCCUAUUCAACGCCGCCGCCGAAGAUCUCGACAUGAAAAUCUCCCUCGCCGAGAUCUUCACGCCUUUUGGCCCUGGCGGCUCCGCUCCGCACGUCAAGUACGACUGGGCCGUGCACGACCUGUGGGCUCACCGCAUGUCGACAGAGACGGCGGAAGAGCUACUCGCCGCCAAGUCUGGAGCAGAUCGCACUGCCCUCUUGAAGCAGGCCAACUGGUAUAAUGCUACCGCGACGCCGUACGAGCAGGGUCUGCGCGAAGGGGAUGCGCGGCUGUUUGGAGAGAAGGUUGGUAUAGUCAAGGCUGGUGGCAGCUUGAAGGCACGGGUCGAGAGCCACGCUGCCAAGGUGUUCCGGUUGAGGAGGAUUGCAAAGGAGGGGGAUGCGUUCAAGGGCAAGAGUAUUGCUCGAGACGAGUUGUGA